CGCCGUCCGGGUCCGCAGCUCUGCAAGUCAGCGUUAUAUAUUGCAGUGGAUGCUCUGGGGAGAGCUGGUUGCGCCGCCUCGCACGUGCGUGGGUCCGACGCCCUCUUCGCCUUGUCCGGGGUUUCCGUCUGUCCCGGCUCUAUUCCGUCUCGCCCCGAGGUUCACUCCAUCCUUGGCGCCCCAAGGCUUUCGCCUAGCGCCUCCAAGCUUUGGACCUCGACGUCUGCAAAACUAGAUGGUCACAGCCAUGAAUGUCUCACACGAAGUAAAUCAGCUCUUCCAGCCCUAUAACUUCGAGCUGCUCGAGGGCCUGCGGCCCUUUUUGGAGGCGUACUGAGCAAAGUUAUCGGACUCCCUCAUCCUGGCUCCACACUACCGUUGUCCGAGGUGCAGGGCAACCGCAUUCCCCAUAGCCCUGAUCUACCUGGUGCUUAUCGCUGUGGGGCAGAACUACAUGAAGGAACGGAAGGGCUUCAACCUGCAGGGGCCUCUCUUCCUCUGGUCCUUCUGCCUUGCAAUCUUCAGUAUCGUGGGGGCAGUGAGGAUGUGGGGCAUCAUGGGGACUGUGCUGCUUACUGGGGGCCUAAAGCACACUGUGUGCUUCUGCACCUUCCUCGAAAAUUCCAUAGUCAAUUUCUGGUCCGGGAUCUUUCUUCUCAGCAAGGUCAUAGAACUCGGAGACACAGCCUUCAUCAUCCUGCGUAAGCGGCCUCUCAUCUUUAUCCACUGGUACCACCACAGCACAGUGCUGGUGUACACAAGCUUUGGAUACAAGAACAAAGUGCCUGCAGGAGGCUGGUUCAUGACCAUGAACUUUGGCGUGCAUGCCAUCAUGUACCCCUACUACACUCUGAAGGCUGCCAACGUGAAGCCCCCCAAGAUGCUGCCCAUGCUCAUCACCAGCCUGCAGAUCCUGCAGAUGUUUGUAGGAGCCAUUGUUGGCAUCCUGUCAUACAUCUGGAGGCAGGAGCCAGGAUGCAACACCACGAGGGAACACUUAUUCUGGUCCUUCAUCUUGUAUAUGACCUAUUUCAUCCUCUUUGCCCACUUCUUCAGAGAGGCCUACAUCAGGCCCAAGGUCAAAGCCAAGACAAAGAGCCAGUGAAGGGUUGGAGAGAACAAUGAAGCUCCAGGCUCUCUCUUCUCCAGGGCACUAAGAGGCUGGGCUUCGUUUUGGGGGAAUGAUUAGGUUGCCUUACCUGCAUGGUUUCCCCAGAGGAUGGGUGCCCCGAGGUGGCUGGAAUUUUUGACAAGACAAGAAAGGUGACCCUGGAUGGGGGUGUGGUCUGUUACUUUGAUGUUUUUGUUUUUAAUGUGAAGGUCAAGCAGGCCCUGGGAUGGGGGUGGGACGGAGGAUAUAUUUCUACCCAGAAAUCUUUCUUCUUCUUGCUCUAUUUUUUUAAUUAAAGAUUUCAACUAAA